AUGAUGUGUAAUACUCGAUCAAGUUCUGGAAAAUCUUGUGGAUGUAAAUUAUUUGAGUUUAAUUUUUCAAAAAUAAAAUGUAGUAAGAUUAAUGAUAAAAAGCUUAGGAAAAAAAUCAAACCUACGAACCGUAAAUGUGUGGAGUGCUUAACAGUUAUCGGACUAGAACAUAAACAGAAAGAACAUUUGGCAUGUGAUAUAAUAAUGGAAAAAUUAAAUAAUGAAGCAAGUGAAAACAAAGACUCAAUUUUAUUGUCAAAAAGUCGGGGCAAAGCAAUGUCAGUUCAUCUUUCUCAAACUAAAAAUGAUAAUGCAAUGUUAAUAUCUGCUGAUAGAAUUGCCCAAACUCUUCUCAUUGCAACAGGAGAAAGAAAAUUGUUUGAGAUAAAUUUAAAAGAAAAAUUUCAAGCUUUGAAUCAUUCUCUUGACUCUCACUUUGACGUAACAAAAUGUCAAUUGAUUAGCACUAAAGCAGGCAAGCCUUCGCUGUCACAGCCGUCGGCUUGUCAGCCGCAGCCGUUUGGCUCGCCAGCCGCAGCCGUCGGCUCAACAGACGCAGCCGUUCGGCUCGUCAGCCGCAGACGUCGGCUCAUCAGCAGCAGCCGUUUGGCUCGCCAGCCGCAGACGUUGGCUCAUCAGCCGCAGCCGUUUGGCUCGCCAGCCGCAGCCGUUCGGGCUUGUUGGGCCAGAGUGCAGCCCUCACAACCUAACGAUUUAUUUCAAAGUGAUAAAUUGAAGGAGUUAGCCCAGGAGCACUUACCUGAAGGGUGGACGGAGUGGAAAGUAUCACAGCUGUCAAAGGAGCAGCUACUGGGGAGUUCUGUGGACCCAUUGAUCCUGAAUAAAAUUAGAUUUGCCCUUCCUACUGUUGGGGUAGUAAAAGCCUUUAUCCCGGAGGCAGACCAUUUGUCGGAAAAGACAUACAGAGAUAUCAAGGUGUCAAUGUUGGAAUAG